ACUUUAAAUCACUCUACCCGUCUAUUAAACUACCGGCAGUAUUUUGCGCCGUAAGAGACCUCCUGUUUAACAUGGUUAAUGAUAAUAGCUUACACCAACAGAUACUAGAAUUGGCACAUCUUAUCUGUUAUAACUCUUUUUUCCAAUUCAACGGGAUCACGUACGGCCAAGGAAGAGGCGUCCCCAUGGGUAGCCCCAUCGCAGGGGACCUAUGCGAAAUAGUGGUCAGACAAUUAGAAGAUAUAGUCAUCCCUCAAUACUCACCUAACAUCUUACUAUAUAAACGAUACGUGGAUGAUAUUCUCAUCUUAUGGAGGAUUGAGCCGGAUGUUUCAAGGUUCGUUGAUUCGUUCAAUGAUAAUCCAUACGGCCUGACCUUAGAGAUCGAUCAAGCUCACGCUUCUGAAGCCCAUUUUCUCGACAUCAACAUCAAGUUCGAACAAACAACUACCCGUACAGAAGUGUACCGGAAACCAGGGGCUGAGCAUCUAUACAUUCCAAUAGGAUCGUGCGAUCCACCGAACUAUAAAAUGGCAGCCUUCAACGCCUUAAUUAGGAGAGCAUACUCGCAUUCAUCGGAUCGGAUAUCCCUACAUGCCGAACUAAGACAUAUUGAACAAAUAGCCAACGAACAUGGUUAUCCCAAGAUCGUACGUAAAUUGAUCCGCAAAUGGCGCUGCCGAGAAGUAGCCCUUAACCAAGCACCCAAGGAAGUUCCAUCUAACAUCAUCCCGGUUACAUACAAUCCGUACCUGAAAUCAAUUUACAACACAAUAGCGAAGAAAAAGAAUAUUCGCAUCGCGUAUAGAAGAUGCGCCACAAUUUUUGACAUUUUACGGAACGGGAAAGAUACCCCAAACAAAGAACGACGCCCAGGGGUAUAUACCAUCCCAAUGAUUGAUCAUAGAUGGAACAGAAGCCUGAUAUACGUAGGAUCCACUAAGCGCUCCUUAGAGGUGAGAAUUAAAGAACACAUGGCGGAUAUUCUACAUGCAAGGCAAAACACCGCUCUUGCCGUCUAUGCCUCGGAUACGGAAAUAGAACCGUUAUUCAGCCAGGCCAAGGUAAUCCGCACUACAAAGUACACACACCACCUUAGAUGGCUAGAGGCCCUGUACAUAUGUAUGGCUACGCUUAAAGACGACAAUUGCAUUAACAACAAAGACGAGAUCAUCCUGUCAACUGCAUGGCAGGUGCUCGUAGACAAAAAGUUACGUUAAUUUAGAACCAGCGAAGGGGCGCAUGCGUCAAUGACGCCAGCGAUACGUACGAGAAAAUUCGUAAUGAUGUUCUUUUUUCAAUCAAAUUUGAAUGGCGUUCGCUUGGACAUGUUACCUGAGGAAGAACUUAAAGUUCGAAAGCGCUAGUAAUACUUCGUUUACAGAGAAGCACACCGGAAACAGGUUCAUUGUACGUUGUUUUUUGAUUAUUCUAUCCCGGUGUAGUGCAGUGCCGAUUUAAUUAAAAAAAAAAAAAGAAAAAACUGAAAUCACCUAGAAUUAAGCCCAUAUCAAGUAGUUCCAGCAUCUAUAACCUUAUCCACUCAGAUACUGCCAUUCUUAUGAUAUGUAGAACUUCCAGACAUAAACUGAACACUCAAUUUUCAGAGACCCGUUUUUUGGAAGUGCUUGGAGAAGCGAGUUCAAUUAUUUGGAUAAAGAACUAUUUGUGUUUAGGGCUAUGUGCUUGCCAAGUUUCAUUUGAAUCAGAGAGGACAAUGUCUGGCCAUCUCCUUGUCAGCAAAGCCCUGUAAGCACUGAGGAAUCUCUUUCUCAAGUCCUUUAUAAGUUUAGCCAGACUCACAAUGGGGAACGAGGGAUGGGACCAACAUAACUAAAAAGGACUACCCCAAAAAAUUUCUGGGUUUUUUGACCUGCUGGAUUCAUUUCCAGAUCCCUAGAGUGAUGCCCUGACAUUUUAACCAGUUGGCCAUUGAGCCAUCUCUGAAAUGUGCUAAGCAUGCUUGUUUUAGUAAGUAAAUAUGUUAUUUAUAUAAUUUAUUUAUUUAUUGAGUGUUCUACAUAUGAUACUGUUUAUUUAAACAACUUUUUUUUUUACAAUAAAGUCAUUGUGUACAAUAAAUAAAUGUUCUGUAUUCAUAAUGUUAAAAAUUUUUGAGGGUUGUAAAAUAAAAUUUCUAUUUAAGCCAAUAAGAUUGCAACAAUUCAUUUAAUAUUAAAAAAUAAACAAAUAGAGCCAAACUUUACCUAGGAAUGAAAUACGUUACGCUCAUAACAACUGUACUUUUCUAUUAUAGGCAAUAUAAUUUCCGUUGAUUUGCACAAGUGAACUUUCAAAAAGCAGUUUAAAGUGAUUUUUCUACACUAGACUAACAACAUUUAACAUACCUAAUCACAAUAUCCUUUACUUUAAGAUAUUCUACUUCCAUUAUUUUUAAUUAGAUUCUUCCAUUCACUUUCUUGGAUAAUUAAGUUUCAUAAAAUUCUCUAAAAUAUGUGAAAUUCUACAAGACUUUUUUCAGUUAAAAGCUGCAAAAU